GAGAGUUCCCCGGAAGUAAAUAUUCUCCAUUUAUUUGCAAUGAGGGAAGGCCUGCACUGCCUGAACAUUCAAACUAGUUGAGGGAAUAGUUUACAGUAAACAAAUUGUCUUCCUCCCCUCCUCUUUGUAUUUGCAAGAAUUUAAAAAGCAAGAAACACACUCAAGACAAUCUAGUUAUCUUUUCAACCAAGUCGUUGGUCUUUUUUAGUGUUGAAUAGCCAUGCAGGUUUAAUAAGAGAGAGAAGGCGGUAACUAACAGCUAAUGUUAGCUUGAUGACUUCUUGCCUUUGGACAUACAGUAUUUUGUCAUUAAGAAACAUUACCGAGGGAUUAUUAACCCUGGCCACCGAGUGGAAGAGAAGUUAACCGGUGUCUGAAAAAAUGAUUAUUGAAAACCUAGAUUCAUUGAAAACGUGGCUUUUUAAAACCCUCGAACCAAUUUGUGAUGCAGAUCCAUCUGCCCUCGCUAAAUACGUCGUUGCCUUGGUGAAGAAAGACAAAAGUGAGACGGAACUCAAAGCCCUGUGUGUCGACCAGUUGGACGUAUUUCUACAGAAAGAGACGCAGACCUUUGUCGAUAGACUCUUUGAAGCCGUCAACUCCAAAAGCUACCUACCUCAGCAGGACCAUCAGCCAGGUUCCGCGGGCAAAGCGGAGGGACACCUGACCAGGACGGACAAAGACGACCAGAGGAAAGAUGAGCCAAGUCGCGAGGAGGACCGGGACAAGAAGUUCUCCAGGAGAGUGAACUACAGCCCCCCGUCCAGCUCCCGCUACAGCAGAGACAGCAGACGAGGGGAUGACCGUAAAAGGGACGACCGUACCAGGAAACGGAACGAUUACGACCGCAUCCCCCCGAGACGGGACUCGUACCGGGACCGUUACAACCGGAGGAGGGGCCGUAGCUACAGCCGCAGUAGGAGCAGGAGUAAGGACCGGGCCAGGGACCGGGAGAGAGACCGAGACCGCAGUAGCAGGAGUCACAGCAGGACCCACUCCAAGAGCAGAGAGCGGGAUGCUGGGAGGUCAAAGUACGAACCCGAUCGAGGAGACCGGGGGACGGAGGUUGGAGCUGGUGAAGGCCUCCUGCCGAUCCCCACGGCAACCGCCACGUUCCCCGUGCCGACCCUCAGCAGCACCAUCACGGUGAUCGCCCCUCAAGGUAACCACAGCAACAGCAUCGCCUCGGUGACGGACAGCUGGUCGGACUUCCACCCGGAUCAGUCACUGGACCGGCCCCUUCCGCCACAGAGGAAACGUUGCCGUGACUACGACGAGAAAGGCUUCUGUAUGCGCGGGGACAUUUGCCCAUUCGACCACGGUAUCGAUCCAGUGGUGGUGGAGGACGUUAAUCUACCUAACAUGUUCCAAGCCCCUCCCCCUAUCCCGGGGGUCGCCCAGCCCCCUCCCGGCCUACCGCCCCCGCCAGGACCUCCCCCUCUCAUGACCCCACCUCCCGUCAACCUCCGCCCCCCUGUGCCCCUGACAGGCAGCCUGCCGCCCGGCCUGCCGCCCAGCCUGCCGCCAGGUCCCCCUCACCAGGCAUCAGGGAUGGGUGCCCCCCCAGGUCCCCCUCACCAGGCAUCAGGGAUGGGUGCCCCCCCAGGUCCCCCUCACCAGGCAUCAGGGAUGGAUGCCCCUCCUAGCUCCAUCGCCAACUCUGUUCCCACUAUUGUAACCACAGGGACACGACCCUCCAUCCCCCAGCCCCCGGCUCCUCUCUUCCCACCAGGCCAGUAUGACUCUGACAUGUAUAACCCUGAGGAUCCCAGCCUCACCAACACCUCCAGACCAGUGUAUCGCCACAGAGUCAACGCCCAGAGACCCAACCUCAUAGGACUGACUAUGGCUGAGGACCUGCCUCACAGAGACCGAGAUCAGAUGCCCAACAGAAUGAGGAUCGUUCUGGACUCGGCCUCCAGGAAGAGAUCUGCUGUCUCACACCACGGAGCAAUGCAGAAACCCUGGGCCGACAAACCUAACUUCAACCAGCAGAACCUCCAGGGUGGGUUCCACAACAAGAACCCUCAGAACCAGAACCAGAAGGCUCCGUUUGGGUCAAACACCAAGCUGUCGGUCCUGCAGAUCCCCCAGGGACUCAACAACAUCUCCAAGCUUAACCAACACUUCAGCAAGUUCGGGACUAUCGUCAACCUGCAGGUAACCUAUGGUAAUGACCCGGAGGGGGCCCUGAUCCAGUUCGACAGUCACGAGGAGGCUAAGCGUGCCCUGCAGAGUCCUGAGGCUGUUCUCAACAACCGCUUCAUUAGAGUCCUAUGGCACUGUGAGGACGAGAUGGGACAGCAGGGAAUGGGACAGCAGGGACAGCAACACCAUCAACCACAGCCACUCAUGCAGGUGCAGCAGCCAGCCACUAGUCUGAAACAGUCCGUCAAAGAUCGUCUGGGCCCUCUGCCUGCCGACAGCUCAGAGCCCAACCAAGACUCUCGUGUUGCCUCACAGAAUGACUUUAAAUCCAACCUAUCAAUGAAGGAGAGGCUGGGCUUCGCCUCUAAACCAGGAAGUACCCCUAGUGGACCGGCAGGAAAGGUGUUCUCCACCUCUACGGGGCUGACUAAGACAGUGUACAACAUGGCUGCUCUGAAAGCAGCUCAGAAGACGGCUCUGUUCGCUGGGGUCGCUGCUACAGAGGAGGCUAUGAAGAAUAAACAGGAAGCCCUGCGGCUCCAACAGGAAAUGAGGAAGAAGAAGCAGGAAAUCCUGGAGAAACACAUCGAGACUCAGAAGCUGUUGAUCUGUAAACUGGAGAAGAACAAGACGAUGAAGGCGGGAGACAAGGCGGUGAUCAUGACAACGUUGGGAACGCUGACCAAGAGUAUUACCAAACUACAGCAAGAGAUUAAAGGGCUCUCUAACCCUUCAGGAGUACGGGGGGCGCCGAAGAGCAAGGCUCAGGCUCAGAAGGAGUUGCUGGACACAGAACUGGACCUGUAUAAGAAGACCCAGUCUGGAGAAGAUACCGUUCAGCUGAAGAUCAGAUAUACACAACUACAGUUAGAGGCAGCUAAGAGGGGGAUCCUGGCUCCAGGGCGGGGCAGAGGGGCCCAUGCUCGAGGCCGUGGGGGCCUGAGAGCCAGGGGGAGGGGAAGGGGUGGCCGGGGGAGGGGUCUCCCUGUCCACUCUACAGUAGAUCACAGACCCAGAGCCCUGGAGAUCUCUGGCUUUACUGAGACUGACCUCCAGGAUCUACUGCCACACUUUGCUCAAUUUGGAGAGUUGGAGGACUGUCAGAUAGACGAGCCAUCCUGUCUGGCUGUUAUCACCUACAGGAGCAGACCAGAGGCUGAACAGGCUGCGCUACACAGUGUCCGUCUGAACGGCAGUGAUCUGCGUCUGUCCUGGCACAAGCCUGCCGUCUCCCUGACCUCCCAGGAGCCUGAUGAGCAGGAGACGGAUCAUGACGAGUUCCAGGAAGAGUCGCUGAUUGAUGAUGCGUUGCUCCAGGACGACGACGAGGAGGAUGACGACAACGAACCCCGCCCCUGGCGCAGAUGAAGACGGCCCCUGAUUGGACGAAAUGCUAACGCACAUUUUUUUUUUUCUUUGCAGUUUCUGAUUGGCUGUUUUUUUUGUUUUUUUUAACUACUAGACUCAUUUCACAAUAGGUCAGAACCUAAACAGUUUAUUCAUUCUGUUGUGGCGAUUCAGAAGAUUACUAGACAAAGUCACGUGGGAGUUUCAUGUAAAUAUAGUGGGUUAUUCUUCUUCCUGCUUGUAUUUUGUAAAAGUAGUUUAACACGAAGAUUGGUACAGUUUUUUUUAAUAAAUUGUUUUUUGCUUAUUGGAUUGAAAUGAAAAUGAUACUAAAUUACUUUAGGGAGAGAAAAAAAAAUUGGCGUUGACUGAUCAGAUCAAAUGAUGCCAUAAAGAGCCGUUGUGUUGAAUCGCCUGAUGUUUAUUAACAGUGAGAAUCGCAGAAUGGUGAACUUAACUAAAAAACGACGGAGAGUUUUGACUGUGUGAUAUUAGAUUUGCUUCUUGUGUAAAUAUUUUCUGUCUGGAUUUUAAUGAUUUGUAAUGACAGCUUUGCUUCGUGGAUUCUUUCUUGGAUUUAUUUUUGAAAUGUCAAAAAAUUUAAAAAAUAAAGACUUUCAAAUGGUCAAAAAAAAUUAAAUAAAUCAUCAGCUGUAAAAAAAUGAAAACUCCUGAAAAAAAACCCUGCAGCUGUGAUGAUGAACCGAAACCAGCUAAUAAAAACAUCCCACAAAAAGAGAGGACAAAAUAAAGACCAUUAAAAAACAAAA